AUGGCACCCCGGCUGCCAGCCCACUGCUGGCGGCAACUCGCCCUGCGCCCAUCCACAACGACCCCCACAACCGCCGCCGCAACCACCACCCUCCCCUCCCUCCUCCCCAACACACAAACACGCACCGUCAAAACCGGCUGGUCGACGCUCCCCCCACGAGCCAAGCCGCACCGCUUCAACCAGGUGACCUCUGGCCUCCCCGCGCCCACCGCGGGGCCCGCGGCGGCCCUCCAGCGCAAAGCACGCACGACACCCCUCCGCGCGGGGGUGCUGGCGGUCAAGAAGGGCAUGACGGUGUUCAUGGGCCGCACGGGGGCGCGCAUCGCCUGCACGGUGCUGCAGCUGGACCGCGUGCAGACGGUGCUCAACAAGACGCGCGCCCGCCAUGGCUACUGGGCCGUGCAGGUGGGCAUGGGCGAGCGGAAUCCGGGCAAUGUGGGCGCGCCGCUGUUGGGGUACUACGAGGCGAAGGGCAUGGCGCCGAAGGAGGUGCUGGCCGAGUUCCGGGUGCGCGAUCAGUCCGGUCUGUUGCCGGUGGGCGUGCAGCUGAUGCCGGAUUGGUUCCAUGUUGGGCAGCGGGUCGAUGUGCGCAGCAAUUCGAGGGGUAUGGGCUUUGCGGGUGGUAUGAAGAGGCAUGGGUUUUCCGGGCAGGAGGCCAGUCAUGGUAACUCCAAGAAUCACCGCACGAUUGGUUCGGCGGGUCCCAGUCAGGGCAGUGGUUCGCGUGUGCUGCCGGGCAAGAAGAUGCCCGGGCGGAUGGGUAACCAGCGGGUGACGAUCCAGAACUUGCCGGUGCUGAUUGCGGACAACGAGUUGGGGAUCCUGGUGGUUAAGGGGUGUGUGGCGGGGCCUAAGGGGGCCGUGAUCCAGGUGCAGGAUGCCUGCAAGAAGGACCCGCCGCCGCAGGAGUGGAUCGACAAGUCGAGGAAGACGCUGGAGGAGCGGUUUCCCGAGGCCGAGGCACAUCUGCAGGCCGCGCGGGUGCGCCAUAUGGAGCUGAAGGAGGCCCGGCGGGAGAAGAGGAUAGCGGAGCUGAUGGCCGAGGGCGUGAGGCCUGACGAGGAGCACGCCGAUGCGAUUGAGGAGAUCCUCGCUGCCAGCGCGAAGGAGGACGCCGCCGCGCGCACGCCGGCCGAGCUGUGA